ACAUCAGAACCCUCUGCUUCCGUUCCCACGCUUUUUCCCCCCGGCGCAGCUUUUGUAUCUCGAUAUCGACCACCGACAUUGCCCGUUGCUGUAGCGUAAACGCCUGAGUGAUGGGUGGAAUUUCCGCUGCUGGGGUAGAGCUCCAGCAGGAUCUUCGCGCUACCCUCACAAAGGCGGUCCGGUCUGCAGACUGGCUGACAGUUUCUUCUUGCACAUGUGUUUCAUACGAACAACCACGCCAUGGGGAAUGCAUGUAAAGCAGAAGGAAAAAUCAGGGAAACUCAUCCGCCUUCGAAACUGGAGACGAGCGACUCAACAGAGGCAGAAAUCAUGGCCCAACGUCGGGCGGCGUCUCUCAGGAGAAUUGAAACUGCAAAACAUGAGGCCCUGCAGAAGUUGAAAACAAGCCGUGCACUGUCUGUGCAUGAAGAGCGCCGGCGUCUACACAUAAUGAAAACAAGGCAUAAACUUGGUGGGGGUUAUUCUGGCGUUGACUUUCUGGCUGGAGAUUCCCGCUUGGAUGAAAGAGUCGACACGAAUUUUGGAGGCUUGAAUGCAGACCUACCAGAUGAUGCAUCACUGGAAGGUGAAGACAGGCGACAGACGACACGGUCUACUUCUCAGCGCCAAACGCAAGGAUUCAAUUCGACAAAACCGGAGGAGCAGAGAGGGCCAAGUGGACAGAGACCUAUUUUCGGGGCCACUUCUCGUGAAAAAAAGAGCAUGGCAUUUUUUGAUGACGUGGGACACACGUGGCCAGGCGACACCUUCGAGGUGGUUGCACCAUCUCCGGCUGCGGCUGACGUUGCAGAGAGAGCAGCUCAGGAAGCUUUGAUACAGAAGAACGCGGAUUUGAAAAGAGUGACGAAUCGGAGGGAUUAGCGAAGAUAGAGGUGAAACAGGGAACGGAAUAGACUAGAGCCAUAUAUGAGACAAUAUGCUGAAGGACGAUGAAGGGGUCCCACAAUUGGUUUCACUUAGCACAGAAAACUCACUUGAAAGGGUAACAGGAAGACAGAUGAUGCUGUGUUCAGAUGACCGUUUUCCGGUAAAACAGAAAGGGAACGACUGCAAUCGACCGGAUUGCAGUAAAGGAUUUGCCUGCCUGCACGAACAAACGAUUAAAACAGAUCCGUCGAAUUUAGGUGCAUCGGAGAGGAGAGGCAGGUUCGCGAAGAACCCAAAGCGGCGAGCUAGCCCUUUCUGUUACCAACAGAAGACAUGGGUAAAGGGUGACUGUGGAACUGAGAUCAAGGACACUCAACAGAGAGAGCGAUUACUGGCAGAUUGAAAAGCCGUCUAGACUUGCAAACAGGUCAAAGGGAAGGAGACAAUGUGGGAGGGGUAGAAGUCAGAGCAUCUCAGCAGCGACGCUAAGGAACAGCGUGUGCCGAAGAAGGCAGAAGACAAUGGCGACAUUGAAGAGAAGCUUGGAAGAAGGGACACACAAGCUGAAGAGUUUCGAAACACAGAAACAAUCAAGUAUAAACUAGCAGGAAUCAUGCUUCAACACGUACUUAGUGAGCGGUGUGAGGAAGGCCAGGAGAAACACUCUGGCGGUGCCCGUGUUGGGAACGUUGACAGGGAACUUCUUGUGUGAAACUGAUCCAGGAUUGUGCAUAACAAAGGUUUUUUCAGGGGGUUUCUUUUUUGUUCAAGGUGUUGUAGAACAGAUGCUUUUUCCACAGGUACGAGUUUCGGAUCGUUCAACGAAACCGACACGGCAGUGUACCGGCUCCCAUGAUGCACCGAAGAGAUAACGUCUCUGCUCCGCAGAAAAUACGGCUCAUAGAUACUGAGUGUCGAUGGGAGCCUUGCCUUCGGUAGAAUGACCGUUUGGAUUUUUUAGAAGUUGCGGAUAUCUGGGCUCAGGCAGGUUGUUGUUUUUAUUCGGGUACUAAUUAGGACUACUCAGUUGUGUUAGAAACUGCACGUCCAGGUGCCAGUGCCUUCUUUCCUUCUAACCAUUCAGCUUUCUGACUUC